UGUGGAGGAAACCUUGAAACACAACCGGGCAGCAACACAGUGAUACAGUGCACAACAACAACCUGGUAUUAUCUGAUUUAAUCCUGGUAAAACACAACAGGCCAUGAUAUUCAAUUCAAGGCUUGUGUUUUGUGACCCAACUUUCUCUCAGAGUGACUUCAGGUCAAGGAAGUGUUUAUCUUGGUCGUCCUGUUUAUUUAACUAAGAUGUUCCGAAAGGACUAAACUACAAGUGCUUCUUCGACAACUGGUUCACUUCACCUAAACUCAUUAUGGAACUGAAGAAAAUGGGAAUUCUAUCAGUUGCUGCCAUCAGUUGAAACCGUCUACGUGGAUGUACCCUCAAAAGUGACAAGGAACUUUCAAAGGCUGGGCGUGGUGAAUAUGAAGUGAAAGAUGAAAUGACAAGUGGGAUGGCAAUCGUGAAGUGGUAUGAUAACAAGGCAGUGUUACUGGCAUCAUCCUUCAUUGGCCCUGAUCCUGUUGAUAGAUGCAGAAGGUGGUCAAAAGAGAAGAUGGAAUAUGUGGAAGAGGACAGACCACACAUUGUCAAGGUGUACAAUAACAACGUGGGAGGAGUUGACUUGGCAGACACGUUUGCUGCACGCUACCGCAUUGAACUCCGCCCACGUCGUUGGUAUAUGUGCAUCCUGUACUAUUUGAUUAACCAAUCACUGGUCAGUGGCUGGCUCCUCUACCGCCGUUAUCUCACCCAGAAACAGAAGAAGUAUAUGCCGCUUCUUGACUUCCGCGCUCAAGUUGCAGAUGCCCUCAUCAAGGUUGGCAAACGGGCUAACUUGAACAGUCGGAAAAGAGGACGACCGUCAUCGGAAGAGGCUCCAGAACGCAGUCAAGCUGCCACAUCUUCACCGCCAGGUCAGAGGAUCAUUGCACCAUCAGUUGAGGUCAGACUAGACCGAUUCGAUCAUUUUCCCAUCCAUGCUGAUAAACGUGGACGAUGCAGAGCGCGCAAAAAUGGCAACACACAAAUGACCUGUCUGAAGUGCAGAGUACUUUUGUGCUUUACAAAGGACCAAAAUUGUUUCUUGGACUACCACACGAAGAAGUAACCUUCAGACCUGGGCUUCUCAAUUAGGAUUUGAGACGUCGAUAUAGUAUUAUUGGUUUUAUAUCUCAAUAUUGUUUGAUGUAGGGGAUGAAAAGUUAUUGUUAUUGUUCCUAAUCUAUACCAAGUUGUUUUUGUUGUUAUUCUUCCACUGUACAAUGCUUUGAAACAUUGUUUUGAAAUGUUCUAUCUAUGCAAAUAAAGUUAGUUUUCCUACCAUAUUAAGUUUUCGGCGUUAAUUUCCCACACCGGGACAACGUUGUAAAUCUGCAACAUCUCAGAAAACAUUAAAUAUGAAGCUUUUGCUAAAAAAAAAUCUGAAUUGUAUACUACUACCCCAUAUGACAAUUUUCCCCAAAUAUCAGAUUUUUCCUGUAACAAAAACUUAAUUUGAGCCUCAGAGGGGUAUAUAUGGCGCAAAACACAAACAAGGCAGAAAAAGCAGUUUCUGCUCUUGCACUCCUCUUUAAAAGAAACUGCUGUAU